ACACUCAGAGCCUUACCACUGUCUUUACACUCACACUCACACUCACACUCACACUCAAUCUCAUCCUCACAAACCCGCAGCACAAUGGCAACCUCAACCCCAGCCUCCUCCGCCGCAGCCCUCAUCGAAUCCGCCAAAAAAGCCGCCGCCUACCAGGCCGUCGCCGACCACCUCCCCCCAACGGCAACCUACGUCGGCAUCGGCUCCGGCAGCACCGUCGUCUACGUCGUCGAGGCCAUUGCCGCCAAGGGCCCGUCCUUCUCCGCCAACAUGACCUUUAUCCCCACGGGCAGCCAGAGCAAGGGCCUGAUCCGGGCGGCAGGGCUGAGGCUGUGCAACCUCGACGAGAGGCCCCUCGUGGACGGCGUGCCGGUUGCGCUGGACGUGGCGUUUGAUGGCGCGGACGAGGUGGACGAGGAUCUGAAUCUCAUCAAGGGAGGCGGUGCUUGUCUGUUCCAGGAGAAGCUUGUCGCUGUGGCGGCGAAGAAGUUUAUUGCUGUUGCGGAUUCCCGCAAGCAAUCAGCAAGGCUAUGCACAAAAUGGAAAACAAUCCCCAUCGAGGUCCUCCCCCUCUCUGCCCCAGACGUCCUCAGCCGCCUCAAGGCCAUGGGCUCGCCUAGCCCCGUCGUGCGCUCUGGCUUGCCUAGCAAAGCUGGCGAGUGCGUCACCGACAACGGCAUGUGGAUCAUUGACGCGCCCUUCCCGCCGCUGCUCCUCCCCAAGGACCUGACGGCGGAAGUCAAGGGCAACGGCGAGAACGGGGUGUGGGAGAUUGAGAAGCUGGCCGAAGAGCUGGUCAGGCUGCCCGGCGUGGUGGAGAUUGGCCUCUUCCACGGGUUCAAUGGCGUGCAGGCUGUGAGCCGGGGCAAGGAGUUUCAGGCCCAGAAGCCGGUGGCGGCCUACUUUGGUACGCCCACGGGCGAGGUCCAGGUGCAAACGGCGGCAUAACGGCAUGAUGAGGAUGAAAAAGAGUAGGGAGUCAGACACCUAUCUGACGAGGGCUGGUAUGACAUGCAUGGACACGACGACGGAGUCACACACAAUCUGUCUUGUCUCAAUCUCGGAAGAAGACGAACGACGAGCAGC